AUGACACUGUCCUCGGAACACUCUCCAUUUGAUGAAAAAUUUGAUACCCUUGUCAAAGAUCAACUGGAAAAAUGGAAAGUUCCUGGAUUGAGCAUCGCGAUUAUACAUGGCUCCAACACUUUCACCAAGGCAUAUGGAAAAGCAGAACUGCCAAACGAUAGCAUAAACAAGCCAUCUCGAGACAUGACAACUGAUGCAUUAUUUGCAGCAUGUAGCACAACCAAGGCUUUUACCGGUGCUGCUACUUCCAUCGCAAUCCAGGAUAGCAAGACUAGCAAAUCCCCAAUUGACUGGGACACAUCCCUGUCUUCUAUAAUUCCAGACGACUUUGUUCUGGGUAACGAGUACGCAACCAAAAAUAUCACAUUGGAAGAUGCUCUCUCGCAUCGGUCGGGUAUGCCAGAGCAUAUGUGGUCUUACGCUCUUUUCCCAAGGGAGACAACACCAGGUUCGGUAGUUCGUGCCAUGCGACACUUGCCCCUUGCAACACCGCCGCGCACCAAAUACCACUAUAGCAACCACAUGUUGAUUGCCGUAUCGCAUGCACUGGAGACACACACAGGCCAAAAGCUAGGAUCUUACCUGAAGAAACGCAUAUGGGAUCCACUCGGCAUGAAUGAGACCUACUUUUCUGCAAGUGAAGCAAGAUCAGAUCCAUCAAGUGCCGGGAAAAUAGUUCAAGCAUAUGACUGGGUUCCUACAGACGGCGGCGCAUUUAUCCCGAAGCCCGAUAAUGACUGGCCAGGCAACAGUGGCGCCGGGGCGAUUUACAGUAAUGUCCUCGAUUAUUCACGCUGGGUGCGUGAGUUGAUUGAGAGAAAUGGACCUUUGAAAGGCCAUGACAGCUUAACGGCUCCGCGGACAAUCCACUUUCAGAAGGGCGAUUUGAAUUUCCCCGCUCCGUACCAUGGAUAUGCGCUCGGAUGGUUCGUGGAUAACUACCGUGGACAAGAUCUCUAUAGUCAUGGCGGUGGCUGGCCCGGCUAUGCGAGCUGGGUUGGCUUCGUGCCCGAGAAGCAGUUUGGAUUCGUGGUUAUGGGCAACUCGUUUUCGGCUCGAUAUGCUGCGUUUAGACUGGUUACCUAUCUUCUGGAUAGGCGGCUUGGUCUAGCGAGUGAUCCAAAAUACGAAGAGCAGAUUGCUGCAUGUAUAGCGAGUCAGGAAGAAGAAUGGAAUGGCAGGCUCCACAAUGAAGACUCUAAUGAUUCCAAGCAACGGUUGUUCUCCCGUUUGCCUGAUCCUCCGAUUCCUCAUGCUUUGCCCUUAUCGGAAUAUACUGGGACUUACAGACACGCCACCGGUUUGGCUAUCACGCUCGGGAUCAAGCCGGACGGACUCAUUGCUGAUCUGCGAGAUCAGCCAAUUGUGAGUAAACUAUCUCUUGCCCAUGCAAGCGGUGAGUUUUUCGUCGGUAGAAUUCAUGACAAAGGCGUCAACUUGCUUCCAGCCUUCCCUGUGGAAUUCUAUAUCGACGCUGAGGGAGUAGUGGCAAGAGUUGGGCUUCUGUUGGAACCUGACAUGAAAGGAGAAAAACUCUGGUUUAGUCGCUGUGGGGGUUGA